UCACUUUUCUGUUCCAGAUACGCAAUCGUGUGGUUGCUGACGAUGACUCUCCGAUGUCAGGCAACGAAUCACGAAAACACGGAUGGCGACGGAAACGCGGAGGACUCGGUGCUGGAUGAAGCUACCGAGGAUUACUGGGCCGGAAGUGGAUCCGGACCGGAAGAAGACGAGUCCCUUCAUAACGAGACCAGAGAAGCGUUAACGCACGAGGCUAGUGAUCACGAUGCUGUGGUGUACGUAGGCGAUGGAGCAGCGUACGUUCCUGUGCCCUCGUUGAAAGGACGACCCUUGAGCCCGAAUUUACAAGCUCUUCAGACGCUGCAGGGGUUGCAAGGAAUUGCGGGCGGAGGCGGCACAGGGGUGGUUGGGGACGAAGAUUGGAAGAGACAUCCGGAAACGUGGGAUCGUGAACAUAGGAGGUACAGGCCGAAUACCACGCGAGUUCAACACAUCGAGGCAGAAUGCCAGGACGACUACAUGAAGAUCAGGAUCGGUUUCAACGGGUCGUUCGCCGGGCUACUGUACUCCGCAGGCUACUCUUACGACCCGGAUUGCAUGUACGUUAACGGAACAGGCCGCGAUUACUACGAGUUCUACAUACAGCUGAAUCGUUGCGGCACCCUCGGCGAGAACACUCAUCAUCAGGACAGCAGAAAGAAUCCUACGAAAAACCUAAUGUGGAAUACCGUCACGGUGCAAUACAACCCGUUGAUCGAGGAAGAAUUCGACGAACAUUUCAAAGUGACUUGCGAAUACGGCUACGAUUUCUGGAAGACCGUCACCUUUCCGUUCCUGGACGUGGAAGUCGCGACGGGAAAUCCCGUAGUGUUCACCCUGCAGCCACCGGAGUGCUACAUGGAAAUCAGAUACGGUUACGGGACCACUGGAACUAGAGUGGCUGGACCAGUUCGCGUCGGCGAUCCUCUGACUCUCAUUAUCUACAUGCGCAGCAAAUACGAUGGUUUCGACAUCGUCGUGAACGACUGCUACGCACACAACGGCGGAAACAAGCGAAUCCAGCUGAUCGACCAAUACGGGUGUCCCGUGGACGACAAGCUGAUCAGCAGAUUCCGAGGAUCCUGGUCCGAGAGCGGCCUCUUCGAGACGCAAGUGUUCGCCUACAUGAAGACGUUCAGGUUCACAGGCUCUCCAGCUCUGUACAUCGAGUGCGACGUUCGAAUGUGUCACGGGAGAUGUCCAAGUCAACCAUGCCACUGGAGGAAUGCCAAAAAUGUUGCCAAACGUUCGCUGCCAGAAAUCGGACCUUCCACGCCGGCUACUAGUUUAUCGGAGAACGUCAACCUGUUUCAAUCGCUGCGUGUUCUUCAGGAAGGAGAGGCGGACACUGAGUUCUUCCAGAAUUCUACCACAGCCUAUCGGAGCGGUCCCAGCGAAUCCACGGACAGAGUCUGCCUGAGAUCCAACGUCCUCAGCACGAUCAUAGGAAUCGGAUGUGGCUUCCUGUGCAUCAUGGCGGGCACGAUAUUGGCCAUGUGCUCGCGAAUGCGACGACAGGCCAGGGAGAAGCUGUUAUCCGACAGUAUAAGUUACAUGACCCACAAGGGUAGAAUCAAUUAAGCAGCCUCCUCGAACGAGUCUCUCUAUUUUCCUCUUCUGCGUGGCGCUUCCAUCGGUACGAUCCGGGGAAGACCUCUGUCGAUAAAUGCGAGGAUCGACACUCGAUCGGUACAGAUUGGUACUUCCUGAUCGACGGAACUAAAUUUUGUGCCCAAAGUGAAAUUGUCCAAAAUUUGGUGCCCGAAGUGAAAUUGUUCCUUCAAAAUUUUGUGCUCAUAGUGAAAUUAUUUUAUAAUUACGGGGACAGGAUAAUUGUGGAUUGACCGUCGAGGAAGUAGGAAUCCUCGGAGAUUGAACUCGCGUUUCUUCUCGACAACGCUACUCACUGUCUUUUCCUUUUCCGUCGAUAAACCUCGUUCACGAGCGAGUUGCUACCCGUCGAUAAUAUCGAACGAAUUUAGAAGUCGAGGAUUUUGCCACGGUGGUACCGCACGAGCGAACGAGUUUGAAAACGCGGUUUUUCUUUGCUCUUCGAUUCGCGAGGGUACGGACCGAAACGAAUAACUAGAUACAUAGGCCACUGAUGAGAUUCAGAGUACAUUUAAGUAUGGCUAAUAACAUUACUCGCCAUAUUCAGGAACGAUCAAAUUCACGGAAUCUCGAGUUGCAGCUGAACAAACAAUUGUAAAUUGUAGACAAUUUUUUUUUUUACGUAAAUUGUAGACAAUGAUCUUUUACUUUUUCGGAUUUAUAAAACGGACAUCUGUUUCUCCGUUUGCAGCUGCAAGAGAGAUAAAAGAGCUCGAUCGACUGACACACUUUUUACCCCAAGUUUCUGAAUGUUUGCGAAUAAUGCAUUAUCGUAUGAUAUAGAUAUCGCUAUUAUAAUAAACAGCUCUACAAUAUCUAGGUUUAUACUCAUAUGCAUAUGGUAUAUCGCAGCGUCCAAAUGUGUCUUACAUUUCUUUUUUUUAUUUGUUCUAACUUUGAAGCAGGAGCAAGAAUUGCCACGAGCGCGAACGGCCAGCGAGGAUUAAAUAAUAUUUUGCGAGAUCACCCCGUGCGUAUCGGGGGAGCCAAAGAAACGUA